UCUGGGUCCCUCAGAUGAGCAGAGCUCUACAGUGGGUGACGUGGUGGGGUGAAGGACCGCCGGGUGGCUGGAAGGAAGGCGCCCGAAAGGGCAUCAAGCCCACGGGGCUCAGCUCCCUUAGGCUGGACUUGAACCUACGGAACACCAAGCUUGCGGCAGCGAGACGGAAAAUGCUGCGCAUGCGCUUGUGGCCGGCACGGUCCUCGGCGCGUGCGCACGCGCGCUGUUGGCUCCGCCCAGCAUUCCGGGCGCCAGAGGGGCGUGUGACGUCAGGUGGUUUAAUCCGGAAACGGCGGUGACGGCCGAGGCGACAGAACAGAGGGGCUGUCGUUGGUGGGCGCUCCAGGGCUCUGGAUGAGAGGAGCGUGACCCGGAAACGGAAGCGAGUCCCCAUCCCAACUCCGCCAGGUUUCACGCUAGCCCCAGGCUUACUGGUAGGCUCCUGCUGCCAUGGACCUGUUGUUUGGGCGGCGCAAGACGCCAGAGGAGCUGCUGCGGCAGAACCAGCGCGCCCUGAACCGGGCCAUGCGAGAGCUGGACCGUGAGCGACAGAAGCUCGAGACCCAGGAGAAGAAAAUCAUCGCGGACAUCAAGAAAAUGGCCAAGCAGGGCCAGAUGGACGCGGUUCGGAUCAUGGCGAAAGACCUGGUGCGCACCAGGCGGUACGUCCGGAAGUUUGUAUUGAUGCGGGCCAACAUCCAGGCUGUGUCCCUCAAGAUCCAAACACUCAAGUCUAACAACUCAAUGGCACAAGCCAUGAAGGGUGUCACCAAAGCCAUGGGCACCAUGAACAGACAGCUGAAGUUACCCCAGAUCCAGAAGAUCAUGAUGGAGUUUGAGCGGCAGGCAGAGAUCAUGGACAUGAAGGAGGAGAUGAUGAAUGACGCCAUCGAUGACGCCAUGGGGGACGAGGACGAUGAAGAGGAGAGUGAUGCUGUUGUAGCCCAGGUCCUGGACGAACUGGGGUUGAGCCUGACAGAUGAGCUGUCAAACCUCCCUUCCACUGGAGGCUCCCUCAGUGUGGCUGCCAGUGGAAAGAAAGCAGAGGCUGCAGCCUCUGCCCUGGUGGACGCAGACGCAGACCUGGAGGAGAGGCUCAAGAACCUUCGAAGGGACUGACUGCCUGUGCUUCCCCAGGGAGCCAGUGGAUGGCAUGGCAUUUUCAUUGUACCUUCUGUAAUAAAAGAAGUUGGACAC